UAUUGGGACGUGAUGCAGGAGAAUUACGAGGCUGUGAGCUGGCUGGCAGGUGACGGGACGCUGAGUGAGAACAAUGAGGAGAGUCUUCAGCAGCAAGGACCGGAGCACGUGGCUGCAUGUGGCGUGUUACUGGGAAGACCUGAAGGGCAUGUUUAUGAGCGUCCUGAGUGGGAAGAGACCUGGGAAAGACAAUGUAGCCCAGAAUGGCAGCAGGGAAACCAGGCAAGGGAGGGACAGGGUAAAUCCAGUCACAGCAGCAGAGGGGAGAAAAGAACCAUAGAAAUAGUUCAACAGAAAGUUCCCUAUGAGUACACACUCUGCUCGUGUAAUGAGUGUGAACACGAAAGAACCCACCUAGGAGAGAAGCCCUUUAAGUGCUCUGACUGUGGGAAAUGUUUCAGUCAGCAAUUGCACUUUACUAACCACCAGAUAAGACAUACAAGAGAGACACCCUAUAACUGUUUUACCUGUGGGAAAAGCUUCAGUGAGAGCUCCAAGCUUGUUAGGCAUAGGAGAACCCACGAAGGGGACAAACCAUUCAACUGCUCUGAUUGUGGGAAAAGCUUUUGUCAGAGGUCACACCUUCUUAGACACAGGAGAACCCACACAGGAGAUAAACCCUUCAGCUGCUCCGACUGUGGGAAAAGCUUCUAUCAGAGGUCACACCUUGUUACUCACAAGAGAACCCACACGGGGGAGAAACCCUACAUCUGCUCUGACUGUGGGAAGAGCUUCAGUUGCAGCUCACACCUUGUUAAACAUUGGAGAAUACACACCGGUGAGAAACCCUUCAUCUGCUCUGACUGUGGAAAAAGCUUCAGUAAGAGGUCAAACCUUGUUACCCACAGGAGAAGCCAUACAGGGGAGAAACCCUUCAGUUGCUCUGAGUGUGGGAAAAGGUACAGCAAGAGUUCAAAUCUUGUUAGGCACAGGAGAAGCCACACAGGGGAGAAACCCUUUAGCUGCUCUUAUUGUGGGAAAUGCUUCAGUCAGCGCUCACUCCUUACUGACCAUGAGAUAAUACACACAAAAGAGACGCCCCAUAACUGCUCUGACUGCGGGAAAAGCUUCAGUCAGAGGUCAAACCUUGUUAGACAUCAGAGAAUCCACACGGGGGAGAAACCGUUCAGCUGCUCUGAGUGUGUGAAAAGCUUCCGUCAUAGUUCAGCCCUUGUUAGACACAGGAGAACGCACACAGGGGAGAAACCGUUCAGCUGCUCUGACUGUGGGAAAAGCUUCAGUGCAAGUUCAAACCUUGUUACUCAUCGGAGAAUCCACACCGGAGAGAAACCCUUCAGCUGCUCUGACUGUAUGAAAAGCUUCAGUCAGAGCUCAGAGUUUCUUAGACAUCAGAGGAUGCACACAGGAGAGAAACCCUUCAACUGCCCAGACUGUGGGAAAAGCUUCAGUCGGGGGUCAAACCUCAUUACCCAUAGGAGAACCCACAGUGGGGAGAAGAGGAAGCCGUUCAAAUGCUCUGACUGUGGGAAAUGCUUCAGUCUGGGCUCAGUCCUUGUUACCCACAGGAGAAGCCACACAGGGGAGAAACCCUUCUGCUGCUCCGACUGUGGGAAAAGCUUUAGUAAGAGGUCAAACCUUGUUAGACAUUGGAGAACCCACACUGGAGAGAAAUCCUUCAUCUGCUCUGACUGCGGGAACAGCUACAAUUGCAGCUCAGACCUUGUUACCCACAGGAGAAUCCACGGAAGGGAGAAACCCUUCAACUGCUCCGACUGCGGGAAAAGCUACAGUAAGAGCUCGGAUCUUCUUAUCCAUUGGAGAAGCCACACAGGGGAGAAACCUUUCAUCUGCUCUGACUGUGGGAAAAGCUUCGGUAAGAGCUCAGAGUUUGUUAGACACAGGCGAAUCCACACGGGAGAGAAACCCUUCAACUGCUCCGACUGUGGGAAAAGCUUCAGACAGAGCUCACACCUUGUGACCCACAGGAGAACCCACACCGGGGAGAAACCCUUCAACUGCUCUGACUGCGGAAAAAGCUUCAAUCAGCUCUCAAUUCUUGUUAGACAUAGACGAACCCACACGGGGGAGAAACCCUUCAGCUGCUCUGACUGCGGGAAAAGCUUCUAUCAGCGCUCAAGUCUUGUUAGACAUAAGACAACCCACACGGGCGAGAGACCCUUCAGCUGCUCUUACUGUGGGAAAAGCUUCAGUCAGUGCUCCUGCCUUACUAACCAGAUAAUACAUACAAGAGAGACAACCCAACUGCUCUGAUUGACGGAAAGUUUUAAAAUACAGGUCAGACGUUGUUUAGACAGAGGAGAAGCCACAUGGGAGAUAUGCUUCAGCUUGGGAACAGCUACAGUGAAUGCUCUCACCCUAUUGCACAUCAGACCAUUCUCACAAGACAGAGCCCCCAUAACUGCUCUGACUGUGAGCAAAGAUUCAUCUGGGCCUAAUACCUCAUUGAUCAUGUCUUGGAAGAGAAAAGAAACCGCUGUAGUUCAAGCAGAAAACCUUUAAUCAAUUUCCAUACAUUCUAUCACAUUGGAGUACCCAAAUAUGGGAAACCCUAUUGUAUUGUAACAGGGUUUCUGGGGGCAUUGCCAAUAGGGUUAAAUCAGGGUGAAUUGUUUAAAGGCAGGGCUAAUUAUAACCCCAGCCUGACAGUCCUCCACCAGAAAGCACAUCAAAGCACUCACAAAGAGUACUUCUGUUUGCUGCACUGGCCAGCAAGAAGACAAACAAGCAGUCAUCUCAGACUCACCAUCUUCUCCUGUGCCACAGCCAAUGAAAGUUGUGAAAACCAAGCUCACCAACUCCAAACAGGUUCUCACCAUGCCAAAGGAUCUGCCACAUGGCCAAGUCAAUUUAUACUUUAGAUCCUACCUGAAAGAGCACACUGUGCCAGUCCUUUAGAAUCUAAAACCAAAAAUUUAUGAAUACUGAAAGAAAGAAAAUGUUGAGAAUAAAAUUGUUAAAGGACACAACUUACAUACACCAAUUGCAGUGUUCCAGGUGCAGGUUUGUAGCAGAGAUGGAAUAAGCUGCUGUCUUUCAUCUGAAGAAGUGGGUUGAGCUACAAAAGCUUAUGAUACCAUUUACAUUUUUUGUUAGUCUCUAAGGUGAUGAAGGUGUUUUCUAUUACAAACUAACACGGCUACCUCUAUGAAACUGCUGUCUUAAAAGUAUUUGGGGCACAUCCUCUGUUAGGAUGGGUCAUCAGUCCUUCUGCACCCAGUUGAUAGCAAAGAUGCCCCUGAAGUGAUGAGCUGGAAUGAAGACAAAGAUGCAGGAACCUCUAGGUACCUUUGCCCAUGCAGAGGGAAUUCCGGUGUAUGCGCUGUGUGUACUUUCCUCCCAAAAUGGUGUUUGUCACAUGAGCAAGUCAUCUGUCCACACGUGACUCAGUCCUUAGUCAAGCUGUCGUCUUACAUGCUGAUCUGAAGUUACACAGCAAAGUCUUCAGCUGUGGAUUGGCGCCACAUGAGGUGUAUUGGAGUCCUGUGGCACCUUAUAGACUAAGGGUACGUCUACACUAGCUUGUUAGUUCGAGCUAGGUAGGGUAA